AGAAACAACGUGGCAUUCCUUUUCGCACUCGUGAUUAUCUCCACCCGUAAGUCGGCCGCCAUCUUUAAAAUCGGCGGAUCGUACGACGACGAGGAGAGACGACGUCGUGGACGACGUCACACUGUAUUGCACUCGGUCUCCCUCCCCCUUCACGCGCAGUAAGUACCGGAGUAAUGCGAAAUUCCCGGUAAAGGGCAUCGUCGAAAUUCUUCCGCCCGCCCCCUUAAUUUAGUAGAAGGAAAAAAAGGAACUCGCUCUUUACUCGCUCUAUUUGCGGCAGGCGUUCGAGAGUACCUUCCCCUCUACCUGUUGCCUACAUCUGCUCCCCCUCCGCGCUAACUUGCUUCCUACCUGUCAUCGGUUGUUUGCUUACAUCUAGUCGAGAGGUGGGAAGCGAUCGAACAGAUGCAGCGCUAUAUCUACGCCGUUUGGAGUAGCAGCGUACGAUUCUGUUAUGUAAAUACUAAGGAAUAUGAGCUAGAACAAAAAAUAGAUCUGGAAAUCAAAAUGAGAGAGGGAACGACGAAAUUGCUGGCCGCUUGCAAGCAUCCGAUCCAGAGUCUGGAGGCCGCCAAGUCGCUCCUGACUUCCAACGAGAGGAUGACGGCGUACAUGGCCAAGCUUCAGCAGAGGAAGGCGGCCGAAAAGAGGGCCAGAGAAGAGGCGACUCCAUCUCUCAGGGUCUCAGGUUGCAAUGCCAGAGUUGCCGUCUCAGAUAUCAGAAUGCCCCUGAUAUGGAAAGACAGCGACCACUUCAAGAACAAGGGGGACUACAGGAGGUUCGCCGUCUUCUGUCUGCUGAAAAUCGGGACGGAGAUCUACGACACCGUCAUGAUCAACAACGUGGACCGCAGCAUGACCGACAUCUCCUUCGAAGACGUCGUGGUCUUCAAUCGCGUUCCUCCCAAUUUCGAGUUUCGCCUGGAAGUGUACAGCCACGUCCUGCACGACGACCUGAGCAUCGCCAGCACCCCCAGGAAGAUCAAGAAAAAGAUAUCCAACUCCAUAAGUAGGACCAUAGGAAGGAAACUGGCGGCCAGUCUGAAAGAAGAAUUGACUUCCAUCGACAUAGGUCCAAAAUUCGAUCUGGUGGCGCACGCCACUCUGAGGCUGUCCGAUUCCAGCGACGACAUCCACACGCACGACCUGAUCCUGGAGAACGCCGAGAACCCCCACCAUCAGUUGCCCCUCUUCGGCCACUUCUGCUGUCGAUUGGCCGUCCAGCCCGACUGCGCCACCGAAGAGUGCGCUUCGGGCCACCUGGGUCUGAUUCAGCGAGUUGGAAAUGUGGGUGGUUGCCGGCGCAUGUGGUGCACUCUGCGGAACUUCCGCCUGUCCUUCUGGGCUAAGUGCGAAGAUUCCCGACAUUCUCCGCCCGUCCUGUCUAUCCCGGUCGACAAGGAAACCGUGUGUCUGCCCGAGAAGUCUUCGGUUCGUCCCCACUGCUUCAAGAUCGUCAACCGUUGCGAAGGCAAGAUGGUGGAGCACGUGCUAUCGGCCGACACCGACUUCCAGUGCGCCGAGUGGACGGCCCGCCUGAGUCAACACGCCAGGGAUCACGAAUUGUGGGCUCACGCCGCCGAAGCGCCGAUGGAGAUUCCUUCGCCGGCUCCUGUCAGGACCCCUUUCUGCCUGAGGUCCCGACAGGGUUCGCUGUACGACGAAACGCCCCUGAGAGAUUCGCCGCCUUCGUCGCUGGGCACCGGAGUUCUGCACGAGAGCAACCACCGAUUGUCUCCCCCCUGCGUCCGUUCCCGCAGCUCCAGCACCUCUUCGGCCGCCAGCUCGGCGGGCGGAGGCCGACGCGGCUUCUUCGCCUUCCGCAAGCCCGACAAGGACUACCCCUUCUGCUGAUCUCCCGCAACAAUCUCCUUUUUAUGGUUCUUUUUCUCUUGUAAAUAAGGCCAGUGCGCGUCCCGUUCCGGUCGUCGCGUGCAAUUUCCUUUACCGGACGCGGCGCGCCAACGUUGGUUGUAAAUCCCGUUACAGAAAAUAAUUAAUUUUAUUCGGAUUUCGUCGGAAGACGUCCCGUAUGUGUGUCCGUACCCGUGCCAUUGUAUAAAAAUAAAAACACAGAAAAAUU